UCGAACUGUUUUCGGAUGGAGAAAACAAGGAAACCGGGGGAGAAUUGGAGCCGUGAGGUCUGGGUCCGGAAGGGAUCAAACAGUCUCGACCGGUCGUGACGCGACGGCCGGGCCAUCGAUCUCGGGGCGAAUGCCGACUCCGUUGACACAAUAUCAAGCAAGCAGUUUGCAAUCUUCAAGCUGGGCAUCAUCAAGAAGUGGCCGGACUUGCAAAGAUAAUCAAGACGGGAAAGCAAAAACAGGUCCGGCCAGGGUGAUACAUACAUACAUACUCAACUCACAAGAAAGCGUUUACAUACAGCGCUCGGAAGAUUGGAUUCUUGGUCGCUUUCUCAAUCAAGCCACUUGUUCCCACUCAACUCCACCGGCCACCACCCACCCACCCAGUAUCCCAAUAAAAACCGAACCAGUCCAUUAACUCUCUCCUCCUCAACCCCCUCCUUCGUUUCCAGAAAAAUAAUAAAAUCCUUAUAAACUGUGUCAAUACUGAUCCGACCAACAAUCCAGUCACCCCAGCUAAAUUAUUAUCUUUCGAUACAUUACUCCGACUGAACAACAUCAAAUAGCAUGUUCUCCUCAACGACGCUCUUGGUCUUAUUGGCCUCUUACCCUGCAUUGAUCUUCGGCCAAGGACAUGCAUCCUCCGACCAGAUAUCCACCUCGGCCACCCAAUACGACAACCUCUUCCUCUCGGCUCCUUACCCUGACGGCUUCGGGAUCCCAUUGAAGGCACAAGCAGUCCUCAACGUCACUUACCCCUCCGGACCUAUCACUAACGGAAAAUCCUACUCCGCCGAAGAUGUUAAAACUCUUCCUACUAUCACCCUCAUUCCUGGUGACACUGCGGCCUUCAAAGCUCCCAACGCUUUUACACUCAUCUUGGCAGAUGCUAAUGCCCUAGGAAACCCCGACAAAGAAGGUAAUUACCGACACUUCUUAGAGAAUGGGGCGACUUUUGGGGAUGCCGGAGCGGAUGGGGGGAUGGCGAUGAACGUGGGCUCGGGGACGGUGGUGACGAGCUAUGCCGGCCCGGGUCCGCUCCUCAACACCGGCGAACAUCGGUACGCCUGGAUGCUGUUCGUCCAGCCCUCCAAGUUCGCCGCGCCUUCCAACUUGUCCGCUGCCGGCACCGGCCCAGGACAUUGGUAUGUGAACGCUUAUGUGGCUAGCAGUGGACUUGGAGACUUGGUUGCGGCCAGCUUCUUCACCGUCGAAAACGGCCAUGCUACCUUCCCUCACAACGCCACCGUCGUCCACAGCACCCCGACCGCCGGAACCGCCAACUCCUCCGCCCAAUCCGGCUCCGCUUCUGCCGCCGGAAGCUCCAACAACGCCGGCAAGUCAGCUGCCAAGAGCGAUGCUGAUGGGCCGGUCUGGAAAGACUGUGCUGCGACCGUCAAAAGCCUCGUCAUGGGUCUCGGCGUCGCCGUCUCUGGCUACAUCCUCAUCCAGUAGUCUUCUCUUCCUGCUUGCUCCUAACUUCCUCCCACACACCGCUCCUUUUUCCUUCAUCUUUACGCUUCAUCUCUUCGAUUGACGUCUUUUUCAUGCCUCUCUGUUUCCUUGCCUUGAAAAACAUAAUGAUCUUCACCCAUAACGUCGUGCUUUUUUUGUCUUUGGUUUGCUCCCCUUUUGAAUAAGUCAAAGAGUAAAAUAAAUAAUCAAUUCAUCAAAUCGACAAUCAAUCAAUGAUUUUUGCUUUGUUUUUUUCUUUCCGUACGAAACGGAUGCCGAUUUAUAAGCAUCAUGACUUUGAUGAUGAUGGGAAAGGAUGCUUGUGCCCAACCAAG